AUGCCUGACCUCGCUCCCAAGUCCGAGUUUCCGUGUAGCGGCUUCGGUAAUGCUAGAUGGGUGUUCUGGAGAAAGCGCUGCAAGCACAUUUAUCAUUGUGGAAACGAACAGGUUGCCAAGCUGGCCAGGGGUUGCUUUGAAGAGGCGGUGUUCAAAGGGAUGAGGAUAGGCAUUGAGCUCCCUGGUGAGAAAAUAUAUCUAACCAGGGCGUUUAAAGCUCUUGAUGCGGAGUUUGCCGCACGAGGCAUGCAAGGAAGUGUAAACCCUGAAGACAUCGAGAUUGACAUGGAUUGGGCCGAGGAAGAUUAA